UCGAUAUAUCUCACUGCUAUUCAGAGAGUCAUUGUUUGAUAUCUUGCUCCUGUUAAUGCUGUUAGUACAUAUUUGUCGCACGUUAUGCUCUGAACAGCCAGAAUCUUAUUGGCUUGGCUUUUCUCUUAGGAAACCCAUUUGUUCUGAGAAAGCACACCCUAGGCAAAGAGAAGUUUGGGGCCGAAAUCAAAACCUAAGGCCACCUAGCAUGGUUAUUUAUGUAAGUUGAAUUACGUAGAGCUUUAUUUCAAUGGAAGAGACCUAUAAUUCAACUCCUGGGUCUGGCAUUUGCAGUCAUUUAAUGCGCGGAGACCCAGAAAGUUAAUUACGGCGGAAGUGAAGAGUAAUGAAGUCAUCCGUCAGAUGACUCCCGCAUCUCAAUUUUGCUCAUAUAUGCAGCCAGAAAUGCCAAACCGUUGAAUACUAGAAACCAUUCAACGUGCAUUUUCAAUUGGAAUUUGUCGUUUCAUCAUGUUCCCAAAUCUACAGAGUUUGUCCGAAGAGGACGAAUAUAAGGAUAACCCGGCACCUUCCGGCCGGCGGCGGUCGUCUGUGGUACCACCUAGCUUGCAGUUCCUCGUUGAUCAGGACUCUCAGCAAGCUAGCAAUGAGCCCGCUGAGUGGGAAAAGUCAUGGGAUCAAACGACUGAAAACCCCGAGCUUUGUGAUUUCUUGGAUCGAGUCUCCUCUCGAGAUCCAAACGAUCCAGACCGACAAGGUGGGGACAUAAUGAGAAGGGGUUCUUGAGUUAGAAGAAAUCUCAGAUCACGAUCUCAGGGACUCAAUGAAUCAUGUAAUUGAUGUUGUUGGAGCGUAAAUGUGAUUGCUACUCUCUAAUUUGUCGGACUAGCCAGAUAUGAUGGAUUUUAGUUUUCAAUGUGCUUAUAAUUGCCUUCCCUUGUAGGGUCGCAGAUGAUUAU